GCACUCUGACAGGAGCCAUCAUGGGGAGAGCUCUGAUGCAAACCACCCUCUUUUGUCUGUUUCUGACUUUGGUCACCUCAUCACCAAAUAAAGAUGACUGGGACAUCUACAGCUUUCACAUCAACUCCACAGUGACCAGUCGUUACGCUACAACAGUCAUCACAAGCCGCGUGGCCAAUCGAAUGAACGAAUCCAAGGAAGUAGAAUUCCAAGUGCGGAUUCCCAAGAAUGCCUUCAUCAGUAAAUUCAGAAUGUUUAUGGACGGCCAGGUGUACGAUGGUGUUGUGAAAACCAAGGAACAGGCUCAGCAGCAGUACACUGCAGCUGUAUCCCGUGGGCAAAGCGCUGGGCUCGUCAGCUCUGUAGGGAGGACCCUGGAGGAAUUUAAGACGUCAGUGACUGUGGCUGCUCACAAAAAGGUGACCUUUGAACUCACGUAUGAGGAACUGCUGAAACGCAGGCACGGCAAGUACGAACUGCAAAUCCAUGCUCGGCCGAUGCAGCCUGUCAGCGACUUCAAGGUUGAUGUGUACAUUGAUGAAAAGGCUGGCAUCAGUUUCCUGGAGGUUAAAGGUGGACUAAGCACCAAAGCUCUGGCUAAUGCCAUCACCAAAACACUGACAGACAAACAGGCGUGGGUGUACUUCUACCCAACUGAAAGCCAACAGAAGACAUGUGACAGCUGUGGAGAGCAGGGUAUGAAUGGAGAUCUGGUUAUUGUUUAUGAUGUCAACAGGGACAUUUCAGUUGGUGACAUUAAGACAUCAGGUGGAUAUUUUGUUCACCACUUUGCUCCGUCCAGUCUUCCACGGAUAACAAAGAAUGUUGUCUUUGUUAUUGAUCAAAGUGGCUCCAUGCACGGCAGAAAAAUACAACAGACCAGGACAGCAUUAAUCCAUAUUUUGAACGAUUUGAAUGAAGAUGACUUUUUUGGUCUCAUCACUUUUGAUGGUAACAUUUUUCACUGGAAGAGAGAACUUGUUCAGGCCACCAAGACAAACGUGAACAGUGCCAAGACUUUUGCACAAAAUAUUCCAGCCAGUGGAUACACAGACAUUAAUGCAGCAGUGCUGGAAGGAGCUCGUAUUCUGAAGGCACAUCCCAGAGAAGGUUCAGCAUCAAUCCUUAUACUUCUGACUGAUGGAGACCCAACCUCAGGGGAGAGAAACCUUGAAACAAUACAGUCCAAUGUCCAAAAGGCCGUUGCAGGCAAAUUUCCUCUCUACUGUCUUGGUUUUGGUUUUGACGUCAAUUUUGAAUUCCUUGAGAAGAUGUCACUGCAGAACAACGGUGUAGCACGACGGAUCUAUGAGGACUCUGAUGCUGACUUACAGCUGAAGGGUUUCUAUGAAGAGGUGGCCACUCCUCUGUUGACCAAUGUAACCAUGAUGUACACAGGAGGCACCAAUCUGACCCAGACUCACUUCACACAGUAUUAUAAUGGCUCUGAGAUUGUGGUGGCUGGUCAGAUCACUGACAAUGACAUCGAGACCUUCACUCCAGAAGUUAUAGCCAUUUCAGGAACAGGCAGUGUGAGGUUUUCUGACACUAAUCCCACUGUGGAAUCGACUGACACAGUGUCUGACAGCCGCCUUCAGAGGGUUUGGGCCUACCUCACAGUCAAACAACUCCUGGACAAGGCGCUGCAGUUGUCUGGGCCUGAGAAGGAUCGAAUGAGGGAAGAGGCCUUGAAGCUGUCACUGAAGUACAGCUUUGUGACCUCACUCACAUCUAUGGUGGUCACCAAGCCUGAGGGAGAAAACUCUGAUGUGCUGCAUAAACCCAAGGAAGGCCAGGUGCAGCCUAAUCCAGUUGCGACUUCACAUAUUUCAGGUUUGAUAAGUAAACUUUGUUUGAUGCUCAUAUAAUUUAAUUUUGAAACAGAACAAAUGUAUACAGUACAUGUCCUAAAGGUGAACCCUACUGUCACAGUAAAAGCUGAAAUUGACUUCAUGCUCUAAAAAGUUAAUGUUCAUGUGUUUUCUUUUUAUAGGCCAGAUGCAGCCUAAUCCAGUUGCAACUUCACGUAAUUCAGGUUUGGUAGAGACACACUUGUGAGAGGAAAAUUAAAUUAAACUGUCGUUAAUGCUCAUAUAGUUUCAUUUUAAAACAGAACGAAUGUGUACAGUGCAUGUCCUAAAUGUGUAUCCUAUUGUCAUCCAGUAAAAGCUGAAAUUGGCUUCACGCUCCUAAAGCAGUUUGGUAGACUCUCUCUAAACUAGAACAUUUGCCAAAAAUUUUACUAAUAGCUGUUUGGACUAAAAUAUUUUUAAGAAAAUGUGACAUUAUGGUACUGUAAAUAAAAAAACAAAAAAUAAUAAUAAUAAUAAUAGAUUUUUUGCAACACAACUGUAUGUAGCUCAGAGAAAAUGAUAUGCAC